AUGUCCUAUAAUACCGGACGGCGUGGCCGAGGAGUUUUUAUAGGAGCACGCGGCCGAGGAAACUUCUCGAAUGUCAGGCCACAUAACCCUCUUGUACAGUUGGAAGAAUCGCCUUUUCCUCCUCUCGGAAACCUGAUUGAAGCUAUUGAUGCAAAAGCCUUUGAGGAUAUUGACGACGAUGAAGGCACACAAUUCGGCAUGAAAGAUGUUGAGCCUAUAGCGUCAUAUAAUUGGGUGGAUCAAAAGGCUCCAAAAAUAGUUGUUCCUGGUUGUCCGCCUCUUUGGAAACCAUUAACCGACCAUCCAAAGCUUCAAGAAGAUAAUGGCGUGUAUUAUCGCGAUGACAAUUCAGCCUUCUUCCCAGAACACCCUCUUGAGCCCGCGAUCGUUUCCGUCAUGAAGGUGCAUCCCGAUUCAUUCGACAUUGACAUUGUCGGCUGUAAUAGCACUCUUGGAAACCUUUUGCGUUUCAUUCUUGGUGUUGAGUGCACUUUUCGCAUGCUUGUCGAAGUUGUGGGCAAAACUGUCCAUCUAGUGCGAAGAGAAAGGUCGCCAAAGGAGCAGAUGAUAGGAGUCAGAGGUUUUGGACAUACUUUCCCAGAGGCUUACACCACAUGGGCAUCUGAUGUCCGGCCGUCUAAAUCGCAUCAUAGAAUUGUUAGAUGUCGGUUUGGAAAGCUUGACUUGUUGAUGCGACAAAGCUCAGAUGGCUACAUUGGAGAAGAUAAAGACAAAAGCCCACCAAUUGCUACACCAUCUUCAACUGCCGACGAAGACAUAGCCAAUCUUCUUGGAGAUCUCUCUAUCAAGUCAUCACCUGCCAAAUCGACCAGAUUUGGACAACUUGAAGUGGUCGAUGGCGGCUGGCUAACGCCGCAAUCAUCUGCCUUUGAUCUCAAGACUCGAUCAAUAAAGGCUAUUGACAGAGACACUCUUGGAGAAGAAUUGCCGCGCUUGUGGAUGAUGCAAAUUCCCAACUUCAUACUUGCGCAUCACAGAUCUGGAACUUUCUGCAACAUUGAUGUUUCCGAUAUUCGAGAUGAUAUCGAAAAUUGGGAAAAGUCUCAUCAGGCGGAUUUGCGCCGUCUGAGCGCGCUUCUACACCGCAUAAUUACUACGGCAUUUGAGAAAAAAGACACCUUGCUGGAAAUUGUCAGGGUGCAAGGAGGCUCCUUGGAGAUUCGAGAGCGCCUUCCAGAUGUAGGUGUAGCAUUUUCAGCAGAAGUGAAGGAAAAGUGGUUGAAGUGGCUUGAGAACGCUGAAGAAGACACUGAAGAAGAGAUUGAUGAUGAUAGCGACAGUGGCAGCGGUGAUUUCACUGAAUGCAAUGAGGAAUGCGGAUACUGUGGUAAAUGCAGCUCUUGA